UGGGAGUCAGUGUUUCCGGGCUUCCUCCGCCAUCUCCCGCAGGCCCGAUGCGGGUGAAGGGCGGCGGCGGCGGCGGGCGGGGGAGGCCCAGGAGGGGGAGUGGGGCGCCCCCGGGGACACCCUACCCGGCCCUGUCCCCCACCCUUUGGGUGGGCGUUGCCCUUUUCGGCGCCUCGGACCCUACCGUGGUCUCCUUGGAAGAAAUAAGGCCGGGCAAUAAGAAUGUUCUUCUCAGACUUGCUGGAUGACCUUGGAACUUGGCUGCGUUGUCCUGCCUCAGAGAACAAACUCAUCUACUGUAGGCCUAGCCUGGGUUGCUGCCUUUGAAAGCAAGGGAAGGUCAGUACAAUAUCAACCACAACUCAGCAUGGAAUUUCCAGAGAAGUCUUACGUCAAAACUUUAUAAAGAACAAGAACCACAUGGACUUCUGCAAGGGAGAUUGAAGUCACCUGAGUUUGAGCUUAAGGAUAAUGUGUGCCCAGCCUGUAGCUAACACCAAAGAGGUCAGGUGGCAGAAGGUCUUGUAUGAGCGACAGCCCUUUCCUGAUAACUACGUGGAUCGGAGGUUCCUCGAAGAGCUCCGGAAAAACAUCUAUGCCCGGAAAUACCAAUAUUGGGCUGUGGUAUUUGAGUCCAGUGUGGUGAUACAGCAGCUGUGCAGUGUCUGUGUUUUUGUGGUUAUCUGGUGGUAUAUGGAUGAGGGUCUUCUCGCCCCUCAGUGGCUUUUUGGGACUGGCCUGGCUUCUUCACUGAUUGGCUAUGUUUUGUUUGAUCUCAUUGAUGGAGGUGAAGGACGGAAGAAGAGUGGGCGGACCCGGUGGGCUGACUUGAAGAGCGCCCUAGUCUUCAUUACUUUCACAUAUGGCUUUUCGCCAGUGCUGAAGACCCUGACAGAGUCUGUCAGCACUGACACCAUCUAUGCCAUGUCAGUCUUCAUGCUGUUAGGUCACCUCAUCUUCUUUGACUAUGGUGCCAAUGCUGCCAUUGUAUCCAGCACACUGUCCUUGAACAUGGCCAUCUUUGCUUCUGUCUGCCUUGCCUCCCGCCUGCCCCGAUCCCUCCAUGCCUUCAUCAUGGUGACAUUUGCCAUCCAGAUUUUUGCCCUGUGGCCCAUGUUACAGAAGAAACUGAAGGCAUGUACGCCCCGCAGCUAUGUGGGGGUCACACUGCUCUUUGCAUUCUCAGCCUUAGGAGGUCUGCUGUCCAUCAGUGCUGUGGGAGCCAUACUCUUUGCCCUUCUGCUGGUUUCCAUCUCAUGUCUCUGCCCUUUCUACCUCAUUCGCCUGCAGCUUUUUAAAGAAAACAUUCAUGGGCCUUGGGAUGAGGCUGAAAUCAAAGAAGAUUUGUCCAGGUUCCUCAGCUGAGUUGGGGACCUCCAUUCCGUUGCUAAGACAAACUGAUAGACCAGCCUUCCAACUAGUAGAAGAUUUGAAGGCAGAGUUCCAUUCUGGAAGUGGCACGCUGAUGUGGGUGGGAGAUCAGAGAUCAAACGAAAAUGUUAACAAAAGGCUUGGGCGGUGAAGGUGAUUAUCCUUUCUGUUAUCUUAUGGAUGAAAAAGCUUCUUGGGCCCUCGAAUUAUUGCCUCUCAUUCUUCUCUGUAACAAAUGAAGUGGUGUGGUUUCUAUUUAUUAAAAAAAUAACAACACA